GGUGAUUGGCGGAGCCGCGCGCCGGCUGGCGGUGGCGCUGGCGGGAGAUUGCAGCAUGGCGGCGUCGGCGGCGCCUGGGUCUGCGGCGGAGUCGCUGUGGCCGGAGGGCUCGGGCGCCGAGGGCGGGUUCGUGCGCGCGGUGCUGGCGCUGCCCGACAAGCCCGACACCACCGUGCGCUUCUUCGAGCGCGGCGAGCACUACACGGUGCACGGCGGGGACGCGCUGCUGGCCGCCCGCGAGCUCUUCCGCACCCGCGGCGUCAUCCGGCAGCUGGCGGGGGGCCCAGGCAAUCAGAAACUCGAGAGUGUUGUGCUUAGUAAAAUGAACUUUGAAUCUUUUCUGAGAGAUCUACUUCUGGUUCGUCAGUACAGAGUUGAAAUUUAUAAGAACAAAGCAGGCAGUAAAUCUACCAAAGAGAAUGACUGGUAUUUGGCAUACAAGGGUUCUCCAGGUAACCUUGCCCAGUUUGAGGAAAUUCUCUUUGGCAAUAAUGACAUGUCGACUGCCAUUGGUGUUGUGGGUGUUAAGCUAUGUACUGCUGAUGGACAAAGAAUAGUUGGAGUUGGGUAUGUCGACACUACGCUCAGGAAGCUGGGUGUCUGUGAGUUUCCAGAUAAUGAUCAGUUCUCAAACCUUGAAGCUCUGCUGGUUCAAAUUGGACCUAAGGAAUGCGUGCUACCCGGAGGAGAGACUGCUGGGGAUAUGGGAAAACUGCGACACAUCAUUCAAAGAGGAGGAAUCAUGAUUACAGACCGAAAAAAGGCUGAAUUCACAACAAAAGAUAUUGUGCAGGAUCUCAACCGCUUGCUGAAAUCAAAAAAGGAAGAGCAAGUGACUAGUGCAACGUUACCAGAGAUAGAAAAACAGGUUGCUGUUUCAUCCUUGUCAGCCGUUAUCAAGUAUUUAGAGCUCUUGUCGGAUGAAUCUAACUUCGGACAAUUUGAAUUGACUAGCUUUGACCUCAGUCAGUAUAUGAUACUGGAUAAUGCAGCUGUUCGAGCCCUUAACCUUUUCCAGAGUUCUGGUGAAAAUGCCAACAGUACACAAUCAUUGGUUGGGUUAUUAAAUAAGUGCAAAACUCCUCAAGGACAAAGACUGGUUAAUCAGUGGAUCAAACAGCCACUUACGGACAAGAACAGAAUAGAAGAAAGGUUAAAUUUGGUUGAGGCCUUUGUGGUAGACACAGAGCUACGGCAGUGCCUUCAAGAAGAGCUUCUACGUCGUUUUCCAGAUCUCAACCGGCUAGCCAAGAAAUUUCAAAGACAAGUAGCAACCCUGCAAGACUGUUACCGAAUGUAUCAAGCUAUUAACCAACUGCCUAAUGUUGUACAGGCACUGGAAAAACAUGAAGGAGCACACCAGACGUUGUUGCUGGCAGUAUUUGUAAUGCCUCUUAACGAUCUCAACUCUGACUUCUCCAAGUUUCAGGAAAUGAUAGAAACAACUUUAGACAUGAACAAGGUGGAAAAUCACGAAUUCCUUGUGAAGGCUUCUUUUGAUCCUAAUCUGACCGAGUUGAGAGAGAAGAUGAACAAACUAGAGGAGAGCAUGCAAUCUCUUCUAAAGACUGCAGCCAGAGAACUAGGCUUGGAAGCUGGCAAGAACAUCAAAUUGGACUCCAAUUCACAAUUAGGACAUUACUUCCGAAUUACCUGCCGGGAAGAAAAAGUCCUCCGGAACAAUGCAAAAUAUAAGAUCUUAGAUACCCAGAAGAAUGGUGUGAAAUUCACAAAUAGUAAAUUGAGCUCCUUCAAUGAAGACUACAUAAGAAGCAGAGAAGAGUAUGAAGAGGCUCAGGAAGCCAUUGUUAAAGAAAUCAUUAAUAUUGCUUCAGGAUAUGUAGAGCCAAUACAGACAAUGAAUGAUGUGAUAGCUCAGUUAGAUGCUGUUGUCAGUUUUGCUCAUGUAUCAAAUGGAGCACCUGUGCCGUACGUCCGUCCGGUCAUUCUGGAAAAGGGACAAGGAAGAAUUGUGCUGAAAGGUUCCAGGCACCCUUGCAUUGAAGUUCAAGAUGACAUAGCAUUCAUCCCCAAUGAUGUUAACUUUGAAAAGGGCAAGCAGAUGUUCCAUAUUAUUACUGGUCCUAACAUGGGAGGGAAAUCAACAUACAUUCGCCAGGCUGGAGUGAUAGUUCUAAUGGCCCAAAUUGGGUGCUUUGUACCAUGUGACUCAGCGGAAGUGACUAUUGUGGAUUGUAUUCUGGCUCGGGUAGGAGCAGGAGACAGUCAGUUGAAAGGUGUCUCGACUUUCAUGGCAGAAAUGUUAGAAACUGCUUCAAUUCUUCGGACAGCAUCUGAAAACUCUUUAAUAAUCAUUGAUGAGUUAGGAAGAGGAACUUCAACAUAUGAUGGAUUUGGGUUGGCAUGGGCUAUUUCAGAAUAUAUCGCCUGCAAAAUUUGUGCCUUCUGUAUGUUUGCAACGCAUUUUCAUGAACUGACAGCACUUGCUAACCAAGUGCCAACUGUGAAUAAUUUACAUGUCACCGCACUAACCACUGAUGAGAUGCUGACUAUGCUUUACCGUGUCAAGAAAGGUGUCUGUGAUCAGAGUUUUGGAAUACAUGUAGCAGAGCUUGCUGCUUUUCCAAAGCAUGUAAUAGAGAGUGCAAAAGAGAAGGCUCUGGAGCUAGAGGAGUUCCAAACUAUUGGAAAACCUGAGGAAUCUGAAGGAGAACCAGCAGCUAAGAGACGCUACAGAGAAAAAGAGGAAGGUGAAAAAAUAAUUCAGGAUUUCCUUUGCAAAGUGAAAGCAUUGCCCUUGAGAGACAUGUCAGAGGAAGACAUCAGAACCAAACUGAAACAAUUGAAAGCUGAAGUGCUGGCAAAGAACAACGGUUUUGUGAAUGAAAUUGUUUCCCGAACAAAAGUUACUCCAUGAAAAAGCUAAAAUGACACUGCUUGAAUUGUUUUAAGUCACAAGAGCUAUUGUUUUCUUGUCUUGUAGGUUUUAUGCUUUGUGAUGUUUUUUACUCAUUACUGAAGCAACACUUUCUCUUGACUUGUAAUUACUUUUUUUAAAUGAGUACCUAUUGUACCUGUGUAAUAGUUUAGUUACUGCUAUUUUCAAUAAAAUCAUCUCUCUAAUAUCAA